GGGUUUCCAAUUCUUUCUAAGAAACAUUUUGCGCGCUCGUCACAGAGGGGCAAUUUCAUCGGAGCGCUCAUGAGCUACGAACGAAUCUCAGACAGUAAGAGACGUGGAAGUUCGAGUAGCAGUGAAUUUGCAGAAGACGAUAAAGAAGUUCCUUUGCCGUGCAAAAUACCUCUGCUGAAAAUGGCUGAGAGCAAUGCAAACUUCGACGGUCCUUCCCUUGCCACUACUGGAUCCAUUGACAUGGAUUUCUUAGCUACCAUUGCCCCUCCUGUGGUCACUCAGCCACAGGCCUUCACAGAUGCAAUGUUGGAUCCAGUUUCCAGAGGCCUUAUGACAUCAUUAACCACCAAACACAUGAGUGGAGCAACUCUUCAAAGGACAUUGCGGCAUAGUGCGGAUCAGCUUCAACGCACUGUUCAGGGCCAAUUUGUGUCUCUUAAGGGAAAUAUGAGUUAUAGAGAUCUCUUGGCAGGACUGAUCUAUGAAGGGGAAAGUUUUCAAGCUCUGAAUCAGUUCACUUUCAUGAACUACACGCAUGUGCAGUUCUCUGAUGAAAAUUUCAAGCAUGUUAGCCAGAGAAGUGGUGGCAUUUGCCUUUUAACAAACAAGAGAAUUCUCUUUUUGUCUUCACAACUUGCUGUGGGCACAUCCCUGAUAGAGUGGGGUGAUGCAAAGAAGCUGCCAGGAGGAUACAGCAUUCAGACGUCAUGCAAUGAUACCACUUAUUACCUCCCAAUCCCAUUGCGUUGUCUACGAAGUGUAGAGAUGCGUGGGGAGACAGGUGUGCGUGGAGAGAUAACAGUCCAUGGAAAUCCCCCUUGUUGCUUUGGGUGGUGUGGACUUUGUGGGUUGACCUGUUGCCAGGAUUCAAACUUAAUGAAGCAGUGGGACACAAAACCUGUGACUCGCUCACAGGUGCAAGAGAUGCGAGUCACCCUUGGUGUCCUGAUGCCACCAUGGGAACGCAAGAUGUUUCUCGACGUUCACAUUGACCCUAAUGUGCCCUUGCCAGUAACUAGAGAUUUUGUGGCCUUGCUGCAAAAAAAUUCCCCAUCACUCAGCUGAAUGAUCACUGGUGAUUGAUUUUCUGCUUGGACAUAAUCACCAAAUGAAGAUAAAGAAGAAUACAAGAAUUAAUUUCUCUAAAACGUUGUCAUUAGACAUUUAAUGUGACUAUAGUUUGAAUAUGUUGUGAAGGUCUUUUUAGUUUGUUGUUUCAAGAAAAGAAAUGUUGAUGCUUUCACCCUAAGGGGAGUUUUACCCACUAGCUUUCUCAUGUUUGGAGUGCCUAUAGCUCCAAGGCAGUAACACUUAUUUUCAAUUGUAAAACAUUACAUCAUUAGAAUAUUUGCCAAUGCAAUUGGCAAAUAACCACAAUGUAAGUUAAGUACAUGCACAUUGUACAUGGAUUAAUUUUACUAACAGUAUCUGCAGAAGAUAGUAUGGUUAGGUAACUUUCAAUGAUUUUCAAACAGAUCUGUGGCAUAAUUUAAUGUUUUUCUAUAAGAAUUUGUUUUGCUUCAAGCAAGUAACACCAAGUCUCAAGUUGUAACAGCUUGAAAAAAGUAAGCAUUCAUGAGUGAGAAGGCUGGAGAUGGUAGAAACAAUAAAAAUGUUUUAUCUAAUUAUCUUGGUUAUCUUUUAGAUGAGAAUUAAGUGGUACCCAGCACAAACUAAAUUAUUAGUAUUAAAACACCUUGUUAAAUUACAUGCCAGGCUAUUUUCCCAACAUGUCAUAAACUGAUUUUUUUACAUGUAAACAUAAGUUCAGACAUGAAUUUCCAGGCAUGUAUAUAGAAGCUAAUUUUCCACUGUUGUUGAAUAGUUUUAUGACAAGUUAAUUGUUCUUAGAAUUUUUGGAGUACAGAAACAAAGUUAUGUUGUGAUAAUAAAAGAUAUAUGAUUAAAGGUG